AUCCGGGCUUCCCGGCGAGCGCCUGCGCCUUCCCUUCCGGGUGUGUGUGGGCGACUAAGCAAACAUGGUGGAGAAGAAAACUUCGGUGCGGUCCCAGGAUCCCGGGCAGCGGCGCGUGCUGGACCGGGCGGCCCGGCAGCGCCGAAUCAACCGGCAGCUGGAGGCCCUGGAGAACGACAACUUCCAGGACGACCCCCACGCCGGCCUCCCCCAGCUAGGCAAGAGGCUGCCCCAGUUCGACGAUGAUGCCGACACCGGAAAGAAGAAGAAGAAAACAAGAGGUGAUCAUUUUAAACUUCGUUUUCGUAAGAACUUCCAGGCCCUUCUGGAAGAGCAGAACUUAAGUGUGACUGAGGGCCCUAACUAUCUCACAGCUUGUGCAGGGCCCCCUGCCCGGCCCCAGCGCCCCUUCUGUGCAGUGUGUGGCUUCCCUUCUCCUUAUACUUGUGUCAGCUGUGGAGCUAGAUACUGUACAGUCCGAUGCCUUGGCACACAUCAAGAGACUCGGUGUUUGAAGUGGACAGUGUAAGUGGAGACCUUUCCCCAAGGACAAAAACCCCCGCCUUGCUCUCUCCCAGAGAAAAGAUGAAACUAUUGGGACCUUACAACUUCUUAGACAGGAUUAUGUUAUUUUGUCAUUCUGUAUGCCACAGAUAUCACCAAAAUCAGCAUUUCCAAAUACACAGAAGUCACAAAAUAUGAUUACACAUAAAAUUCUUACAUCUUGCAUUCUUUAAAGGAUAUAAUAAAUACAUGUUAAUUUCAGAGCUGUCCUGCUUGUCUCUCUUUCUGAACCUUCUUUUGUUCUCUUCUAUGCAUUUUUAAAAUACCAUAGUGACUCUUUUUCUCCAUUUUUUGGCAUCUGUUGUGUAUCUCCUAAUCCUGUUUCUUUUCCAACAAGGAAGAUAAGUUCUGGGGAAAUGAGAGCCCCUUCUCCAACUCCUACCCUCAGUGCUUCAGUUUAGAUGGGGGAGGUGAUAUGGGACUAAAUCCUGUCCAAUCUGUGUCUUUAAUAAAAUCCUAAGAAAAAGCCUA